AUGUCACUCGUGAAAUGGGUCGUCCAGCACUUGGCCCCCAUCUUCAUCGUCACCUCGCCAGUCACAUCUUACGCAGAUCAAAUAUGGUCCGUCAGCAAGUCCCGCUCGUCCGCCGGCUUCUCCCUCGACAUCCCACUUAUCAUGCUGGUCUCCUCCAUUCUGAAACUCUUCUACUGGCUUGGCGCACGAUAUGACGUCUCCCUCCUCGUUCAAGCGACCGUCAUGAUCGGAGUCCAGCUUCUUCUCCUGCACGUGACUCUCCUCUACCGUCCGGCUGUGGGGGCCCAAUACAGCCUAGGCCACCCCUUUGCCGAGAUCAAAGAGCAAGGCAAUCUCCUCACCGCCCGCCGCCCCGGCGACUUCUGGCAAUGGCGCAACCGCAAGCCCUACUUCUACUUCCUAGCCUACUACGCCCUCACCCUCGCCGCCCUGCAAUUCCUCCUCGGCCCUUCCUCCCUUUACGUUCUCGUGCAGGGCUACGUGGCCCUAGGAGUCGAGGCGCUGCUCCCCAUCCCGCAAAUCCUGGAGAACCAGCGCAACCAGUCGUGCAAAGGCUUUCGCUUCACCGUGCUCGUCAACUGGCUGGUUGGCGACGCUUUCAAGCUGACGUAUUUCUUCCUCUCGGACGGUGGCAGCGUGCCUUGGGCUUUUAAGCUUUGUGGACUGUUCCAGGCGGCGUGCGACUGCUAUCUUGGCGUGCAGUAUUGGAUGUUUGGGGAGGGCGGGACGGCAGCGGGGGACGAUGGGAAGGAGACGAGGCUUGCGUAG